CCAUUUUUUUCACAAUUCCUCUUCUUCUCUCAUCUCCAACACUGAAUCUACCCUUCCUUUCACCCCUCUCUUUGAGCUGAGAUUUGUCUCAUUUUUGGUGCCCGCCGGCGAAGCUGUUCGUCGGCGUUCGAAAAAACGUUGAGAAUUUGUUUUUUAACAGUGUAUUUAUCUUCAUUCAUCUAUAAGCCUUAUCUUAAGCUAAAUCUAGAAAUAGCUAUAUAACUCCUAUUUGGCCAUAGAUUUUGAAGUUGAAACUUGAAAUUUGAGUUUCUGAAGUUGUGAUUUUUGGAAUUUGAAGCUUUGUUGGACUUAGGACAUGCAUUUUACUUGAAAAUUUUGAAUAUUUGUGAUUAGAAGUCUCAAAAACUAUUCAAAUUUCAUGGUCAAACGGAUAUUUGAGGACAUUUUGAAAUCUGAUCCAAAAUCUAUGGUCAAGCGCCAACAUAACAUAUGUGUGCAUAAUGUGUAUAAUCUAUGUAUACUGGUUAGGUAAAGUGCAUGGUGAAGCUAGUCGACUAUUUGCGUAAAAAUGCUAAACUGAAAUUCCUGCCAAAACUCUUACAGAUAUGCCUGGUUGGUCAGACCUUAAACAGGAUCUACUGGUUCUAAUAGUUAGACGUAUAAAUUUGAUUGAAGACUUCCUAAAGUUUGGCAUUGUAUGCAAAUCCUGGCGCUCUGUGGUCACCAAGGAGAAUUUUAACAGUAACUUGCCUAGGGUUCCGUGGCUAAUGUUAGCUGAGGAAGGGGAUGAUAAAACAUGUAGGAAAUUCUUUAGUGUCUAUAAUGGCAUGAUUUUGAAGAAGAGGAUUCCUAAAGCGAGUGGAAAACGAUGUAUGGAGUCUAUGGGAUGGCUUAUCAUGGUUGGAAAAGAUGAGGGUGAAAUUAGUCUGUUACAUCCCUUCUCGGGUGUUCAAAUUCAAUUGCCGCAUCAAAUUACCACCGACCGUUAUGAGUUCAACCAGACUCCCGUUCCAUGGACCUUUGUCCAGAAAGCUAUUCUGUCAGCCAAUCCUUCUCAUAGAUAUGACUACGUUCUCAUGAUCAUUGAGGGACACUACCAGUUCCUUAGUUUUUGGAGACCAGGAGAUUUGUUAUGGACCAGGAUUAGGAAACCGGUCUAUUUCCCACAUACUAGUGAUGUGGUAUAUUUCAACGGCCACUUUUAUGCAGUCAGUUAUAGUGGCUGCGUCCAAGUUUGUGAUGUCAUUGGCUCUGAACCCACUAAAAUUCUUACCGUAGCACAGCUACCACCAUGGAUUGAUGGUAUGUAUUACAUCCUAGAAUCACUAGGAUCAUUAUUUGUAGUUUCACAAAAUGGUGUUGAUAUAAGGUACGUCAAAGAUGAUCGCGAAAGGAUUCCAACAGAUGAAGAUGAGGAGAAGAAGAUGCACAUGUACAAGACAAGAAAUUUUCUAGUUUUCCAGAUCGAUUUAGCUGCUUGCAAAACUACGCCAACCAGGGAUUUAGGGGACCAAGCUUUUUUUCUGGGUGCUAAUGCUUCUCUUUCAGUCCAAGCAUCUCAAUUUCCGGGAAUCAAGCCCAAUCAUAUUUAUUUUACAGAUAAUUGUUUGGGUGCCUACCUUCACUUUGAAGAAGGAGGCGGCUUGGAUAUGGGGGUGUUCAACUUAGCAGAUGGCAGUAUCCAGCCGUAUUAUGAUGGUGUUUCCCUCAGUCGUGUUUGUCCUCCAAUUUGGGUCACACCAACUCCGUGUUGAGCAUCCAUUGAUCCAUCGAAGAUACUCAGAUGAUUUUUGAGAAUCUUACCCAGAAGCCCGUGCAUAUGACUCAAGUUAUUUUGGAUGUUCAAGAAAGUUGCUUUGCAGCCACACAUCUAAAGCAUGUAGUAUUUUAACUGCUCUAUGUACAAGGACAAUUGUUAGUGUGGCUCUACUACUAUCCAACUUUAGCUAUUUGUGUAAAACACACAAGGGCGAGGGUCUUUCAGAAAGCCACCUCUCUACCUGUACGAGGUAGGGUAAGAUUUUGCAUAUAAUCUAUCCUCCCCAGACUCUACCUGUGAAAUUACAUUGUGUAUGUUGGUGGUGGUGUUAAAAAGCACAGGGGCAUUAUCGAGCUAGGCAACGGAUAACGGAUAUAGUCUUCUUUACUCUUUGGAGUGGAUAACUUCUCUUAAAGAGUUCCCUAUUGCUCUUCCAAAGUGAUUGUUGCUCCUUUACUUUGGAAUGAAUUCUUUAAGGCUGCCACAAUGCUAAUGUUGAAAUUAAAGCAUGAUCCUUGUUAUCCUCAAGAACAAUCUUGAUUUUACGCAGUAUAUCAGUGAAAAAUAAUUUCCACCAGACACUAAAAGGGGCAGAAAGCUAUUGGUUUUUGAACGACAUUUCUCAUAAAAAAGAUGUUUAAGAGAUUUAAAUUUGAAUAUUGUAUUAUAUUUUAA